GAUAUAAGACCUGCAUGUCCACCUACGCUCAAGCAGCUGAUUGGCGUUACGCAGGUUUCUGGCUAUUAUUUAAAAGCGCAAAGCGUGGACGUCUCRUUUAUCCAGACUGGAUCUGAGUGCAGGAUCUAUCCAUUUCUCCACUCCACUCGGCACCAGGACGCACUGCUGACUCAUUUACCAAACUAUCUGCUUGGCUUAAAACAGGUACUGCUGAGAAAAUGAGAAAAGGCUUCCUCCUGGUGACUUUGUUCUUCAUCAUGAAACUUCGGCACAGCCACUCCAGAUGUGAGGAAACCGGAUCGCGCAGAUCAGAUCAGUCUUUAAGCUUGGAAGAUCUCAAGCGGAAUCUUCUGAAGAGGUACACUGACUUGGAUUACGACAGCUUUGUGGGGCUGAUGGGCAAAAGAGACGCAGAUGUAGAAGAUGUGGAAUCACCACAAAAAAGGGAACUGGAUGAUAUAUUUGUUGGUCUAAUGGGAAGAAGAAGCUCAGAGUCUGAUAAUGUACCCUGGAGGAGAGAGUAUCCAGAGAGGAGAGGCAUUUUUCUUAACAGGUCCAGACUGAGGUUACUUAAUGGGCUGUAAACACUAAUACUGAAACAACUUUCACGUUUCUACAUAACCAGAAAAAUCACAGAGAGCACAAGCUGAUGGAAGAAGAUAUUCUACAGCUGCCAGCUGAAGUCACCAUAAACCAAACAGAUUGUAAUUGUUUCAUCUGGGAAAAAGAAACAGCCUGAUUUCACCUGAUCAUUUAUAUUUCUUUGUCAUUAUCCAUUUGUUUUGUUCAAAGUUCCAAAUAAACCUGAUUUUUUUAUACAUAAUUUGCCUUUUUGUUGCUGUGUGAGUGAUUUUUUUAAAGCCAGUGGAGACAAUAAUGGACACAUGUUGAUUACACAGAAAAUGCCUUGACAAAUCAGUGGAAUUUUAUUUUUUUAAACCAGCAUUCUUGUCAGAGUUGACAUUAAAUUACCCCUUAAAAAGAAAUGAACUAGACACAGACAUAAGUAUUCAGUUUAAAACAGUUUGUCAACUCUGACAAUUCUCAAACACAAAUCAAGUAAUUAAGAUCAAUUUGCCAGGCAACGGAACAAAAUGACACAUUUUGUAUAGUUAAAAAAAAAUUAAAAAACAAAACUGAAAUUCUAUUUAGCCGGUGACGAUGUUUUGUUA